AAAAUAGUUCGCCAAAAAUGAUUUUUUAACCUGGAAAACGUGUUAUAAGCUAAAUCAUUUUAGUAUAGUGCUUUCGUGUUUCAUGGUUUAAAUAUUUUUCUGUGUGUGAUAAAGCUUAUUUGGCGCAUUUUUUUUUACUAAUCUUCCUGUUGGGAAAGAUUAUAAAUCGUGGAUAUCCAUCAUGAGCACCGAUGCCCAUGAAAUCAUGCAUAUAGAAGAAGUUGAACCUGAAAUACCUGGUAAUGGUAACGCGGAUAAUGCGUUAACCAUUGUACAAACCUCUGCAAGCAAUCAGGUUGAGUUAUCUAGUGCUAUGGAACACGAAGAAGGAGAAAUCAAAGAUGAAGACGAGGAUAGAAAUGCCCUUCAAUAUGAGAACAUUUCCUCGGAAGAAGAGUUAUCUAUUCGGGAACGAAUCGCGCAGCUAGAAGCGAUGGAUAGUGAGCUGGGACGGCUCACUGUGAGACAUCAUGCUAGGUUUAGAUCCUCGAUGGUAGUGGACGAUGACGCGAAGGAGAAUUACGAAUGUGUUUCGGAUAACGAUUUCGAAAUGUACCUGAACCGACAUGAGCCCGUGCCUAAGUCCAGACUGCUGCCACCACGGCGGAGAGCGACGUCGAAAGUGCUUCGACCGUCACGCCACAAAGCAAGCGUACGGCAAACUGUAUCCGCUUCCGGUAGCGCAAGAAGGCGUUCCGAAAAAUCGUCCAGACGAAAGCAGCAGUGGGUAAGAGACCACCACAGCCAGACUAGCUUUCGCAAAGUUUCUACGACGAGCACUGUUAUCCAUCGGCGACAUAAACGACGAAAAUCGUACGUUGGCAACGUCAGCACGAUUGUUAAUAUUAGUAAUUCAAGUUCCGAUUCGUCCGAUACAGAUUUCCCUCUAGAUAGAGCUAGGUUACAAGCGGCUUGUAAUAUCAACAGUAAUCGAAAACGAAAGACUGAUAAAGAAAACUGGGACGCACUUAAACAAAAGCUCAAGCUGUCAAUGCAGAGGCGAAGAAAGGAACACGAGGUAGAAUGUAUGCAAGACGAACCAGUGGUACUUGAUGAUGAUUAUGGUAAUGUGGAGGAAGAAGACGUGGAAGUUUUGCAACUAAGAUUGCAGGCCCUCAAAACCAAAGCAGAACUCAAGGAACCUAAUGUUAUAAGCCCACUAGAGGAACCUAUGUCACCAAGCAAAAUUGCCGAAGAGCAGGAACUACGGUUGUUAGCACUGCAAUCGACUUUCACUAAAAAGCAUCAAAUAAGACUGAAAAAAAGACAAGAGGAAAGACCGUACUCGCCUAGUGACGAUAUACCGUUGUUGCUUUCUCCUACGGGGGAGUUUCCGACCCCACCGGAACCUGAAAUAACUAACAUUGAUGAUGAUGUCCAAAUAAUUGAAUAUAGGCCAGAAACUGUGGAGAUAACAGACAGUUCUUCGUCUGAAAAAGAAGACGAUCCAAUGGAAAUUAGUCCAACUGAGAGUUUGCAAUGUCCGGAAGUUCCAGAAAAUCAGUCAAAAGACCAAGUUGAUCAAUCGACAAAUAUGGAAAACGCGAACAACAGUGAACAGCCCCGAAGUCCGGUUGUAGUUGUUGUUGAUGAAGAUCAAGUUAUGCCAAUGGAAGACAGUACGGUUCCGGAAGCACCACCGCCGCCAAUAAUCGGCAACUGGUCGAGACAAACUCCAGAUGAAGAAGACGAAGAAUUGCUCCGUAAUCAAUUGUUAUCUAAUCUAAAGUCUAAUCCGGCAAUUUCGGAAAGUCGAGCAAUGACACCAGACUCUAUGACAGAAGAGGAAGCAGAGGCCCUUAGAGCGGUACUACUUUCAAAAAGGAACAAUAAGGCAAAUGUUAAAAAUCAGGAAAAAACACAAACUCCUCCCCAGGCAUCAGAAAUGUCUAACCAGUUUUCAUCAGUUGCCUGUCUUAUGGCACCGAAACCGACAACUCCAGCCCCGGAGAUUGUUUCUCCUAGCGUAGCAACAUCGGUGUCAGAUGUGGCUAAUGCAAGUCUUCCAUCGACAAAUCCUGUCAUGUCUUCAACAGCACGAUCUUUAAAAAAUCCAAAUCUAAUCACGCUGAUAGGCAAGCAAAAGUUAGCCCGCAAAAGGCGCAAAAAAUCUGAGAAUCGUGCUGCCAAAAAGGCGUGUGUUGCAAACCCACCUCCACUAGCGGUAGCUUCCAAACCACCAGUACGAACAUUGAUUAAAGCACCGGCAGUCCAACUUGCAUCUCUACCUCUUCUCGCUGUUGCACCACCCGUUACAACAACCACUAAAUUGGUGAAUAAUCCAAACAAACUGAUCAAUAUUAACACUACAUUUAUCUCUGCCAAUCAUACAUCAAAAGAACGCUCCGCACCGCAAGCAUUUGUUACUAAUCCUGUCCGUAAAAUAAUAAUUCAACUCGGUCAUUCCGACUCGGACUCCAAUUCAGAUUAUUACCCACCGGCGGAUGACAUCACUCCGGAGGAGCCGCAAGAGGUCAACCGGCUGCGUGAAUCAUUUUUGCGCGAUCUUGACAACGCGAGUCCAUCGCGGGUAAUGCUAGAGAGUCCAACCUAUUCACCGGUUCCCGCAGCUCCCGCCGGGGGAUUCGAAGACGACGAAGAUGUCGAACGGCUUACGAGAAGUGAACCGAAUGCGGCGCCGGUGGUUCAACCUGACAGUAGCGAGACAGCCAGCAACCCGGUUCCUUUCGAGCAACGAUUGGAUCAUUUUCUGAAAACCGUGCGUAGUAAAGUAAGCGAUCAAAAGCAGGCGACCGCCGGCUCGGAUAGUAGGUCCGAGCCGGUUCGGGCGCCAAGCCGAAGCACGAACGCCGUCGUCGUUGCUCCGCCGGCGGUUGGAAGCAGUUCACGGGCCGCGGGUUCGGUUGAAAAACCAGCAGCCAAGAAAGCGGUCAGCGCACCGGCUCCCGUUACGCCUUUGGCUGUUCGUCAUCUGCCAAAGUCAUCACAGUUGGAGUACAAACGGCUUGUAGAAAGGAUGGCUCAACUAGAAAAACAGAAGCAGCUAAGGCUGAAUGCGAUUAGAGGAGCUCCAAGAAUGCCGACCCUGACAAAAACUAUAAUCAAUACUGGUGCGAUGGAAACAGGUGCAGAGAAAAAUCAUGAUCUCGUUGUUACCGUUAAUCGCGAUGGGCGAGACGUACAAGACGUUAGCAAUCCGGUGCCGAUCCCAGCGAAAAAUCAGUCUUCUACCAAACAAGACUCUGACACGCUGUUUAAACGUGUUCUCAUAAAUAAUACAGUCAUUGCCGAGAGUAGAAGCAACUCUCAACCUAUUGUGAAACCUCAAAACCCCCCAGUCGAAGAAACCAAAGAUCAAUCUACUAGUGUGACUAGUACCAGUUCGCCAGUAAAAGAGAAUACUGAUAGUACGGUGCCGGUAGUUAGAAAUGCACCCGCUAGUCCUAAGCGUAAGGUGGGAUCAGCACAAACUGAUCAAGAUAUAACCACUCUUCGAGAAGCACUUCGUCGAAUGUCGACAAUCAAGGAAGAAAAUAAGCAAAAGGUACUCACGAUUGCCGAGUAUCGCUCCGAGAAACAUAAUCAAAGAUUUAACAAAGAACUACAGGAUCUAAUUGCGACAGUGGAAAAUGCACAACACGAGAGACAAAAGCAAUACGAUCUUGAAAAUAAGGUUGCAUUCCUAAAAGAGAAACUAAUGGUACUGGAAAGUGCUCUUGCGUUACACAAAGGUCGAAUUGAGCUGAUAUUUCCGGCCCUUCAGCAGUCUCACAGUAAAGUAAUGAGCAGUCGAAAGAAGUCCAUCGAGUUAAAUAAACUGUGCCUGGAGAUAGGACGGUCAGUUAAAGGCCCUGACUAUGAGUCUCCGUCAACCGUACACAAUGAAAUUCACGAACAGUUGAAAAUUCUGACCACAGAAACGAAAAAACUUAAAAAUAUGAAGCGACUGUCGCUUGAUGAAUUUAAACAGAUCACCGCUGAGCAACGGCAGACGUUGCAGGCCGUGCAACGCCGUCAGCCGGUUGAAACUAAUGCUCCCCAGGAGCCUGCAGUUACAUCCACACCCACAGUGAGUGAAAAUCUUCCCAUAAAAUCGCAUGAAACUCCCGACAAAGACCAAAAGGAUGCUACCUCUCCCGUGAAAAACGAAGAACCAAAACGAUUUACCAGCGAUGCACCUGCUUCCAGAAGUACAAGUCCGACCGUUCGACGGCCAGUUGCUAUUCGUGAGGCGCCACCACUGGCUGCCGCCCUUGAAUCGCAAACACGAUUAGGAAAGUAUACAUCGCCGCUAGCUUCGUUCAAAGAUCAAAGUGCACUAAACAUUCCGGACGGUGUUAUCUGUCCCUAUCAGAUGCGUGGAGAAUGUGUUGAUCAGGAUUGUAAAUUUGAGCAUUUUCAGUAGUGAAUCCCCUGUUUUCUGCCCUUGUAGAAAUCAGUUUCUACUAACAGUUCCUAUCCCCCUACCGCAGUGAGAGAUAGAUAGUUGUCAUCUUUUUCACCAAAAAGUCUCAUCCUUCUCCUAAUGCACGUGAUCGCACCUCCGCUUAGUGAAUACUCUUUUGCAUUUCCCGUUUAAUCUUGAGUUGUUCACGUUUCCCGUUUUAACCCACUAACCAAACCGUUGCAGUUUUUUUUCCCUGCAACUCUCAUCAACGUAAAAGAACGCGAAAGAAAACGCUCGUAAGUGACUACGGAUUUAUGUGAGUAGGUACACCUGUUCUCGGUUGCCCCGGCAUGGCCGAUAAGUGAUAGUAUUGUCAAAUUUUUGCGUGCUCAGUGCAGCGGCAGUGCAACAGUUAGUGCAGUGAACGUCUGUUUAAUUAGUAAAAGCGCCACAUCUCGCCAAUGCAUUCGCGCGAAACGCCAGUCUGUGCCAAACGGCACAGUUAAUAUUAGCAAACAAUAAACAAACAACGCGUUGCUUUGUCGAAAAGAUUUCAGUGAUUUUAGAUAUGCCAUAUUUCGUUUUUAUUUUGUUUGAUUGGCUGAUCAUGAAAGUUUGCAAUUGAUGCAAACCGACCAAAGUAGAAAGUAGUUUAUAAUUUUGAAUUUUAUGCGACACGCUUCGGUGAAAGGGAAUGGUUACGCUGCAGUGAUACUACAGAAUAAUCUGCUAAAUUAUAGGUUCGUGGAAAAAAAAUAUCCAAAGGUUAGUCGUUUUUGGAACAGAUCCAAAGGGUGGUUACUUUUAAUUGAACUGUUA